AUGCUGAACAAAACCAACGCUUUAGUUAUACUGCAGGAAAGUUACCUGGAAUUAAGCUUACCUAACACCGUGUUAAUCAUCAUGGCUGCUGUGAUAGGGGUGACAGGAAAUUGUUCUAUCAUAGUGAUAUAUUUCUAUCGAAUCAAAGAAAGAGGAGAGCGUUAUUUCAUCCCGCUACUCGCACUUGUUGACCUCGUGGGAAGCCUUACUAUUGCUCCGUUCUACGUGAUAGGAAAUCUUUAUUUUUACGUGUAUCCGAAUGACAACGUUUGUCGAAUCUUAUCAUUCUUCCAGUUUCUUGUCACGGGGAUCUCAGCACACGUCCUGUUGCUGAUAUCUAUUCAGAGGUACCUCUUAGUGUGUAGACCAUUUGGACCGAGAAUGACACACUUCUGGAAAAGAGUUUCCUUUGCAUUGGUGUGUAUCUUCAGUUUAGCAUAUUCUGUUCCAGUUCUGAAAACAUCCGGAGUGAAAAUAAUGGAUGAUAUCUACAUGAACCAAACAAUUUCAACUAGGGUCUGCAAAUUUUCCGUGGCAAAUUCAACCGGAGUUGUAGCUUAUUUUGGACUGUUAGUUUUAAUUUCAGUGUUGAAUAUUGUUAUGACUGCAGGUUUUUAUUCCCCUGUUCUGCGACAACUAAGACUGUCAAAGAACAUUAUUUUCUCCACAUGCACCCCUUUAGACAAAAAACGAUGUAACCAAUACUACUCAUUCUCUGGCUCCUCAGUUUCAAAUUCUGCUGGUGAAGAAACAGAUCAUUACGUUAAUGAACCUAGUCAUCCCACAACAGAACAUCACAGUGAGAAAUCAAUCCCUACGGGUACAGAAACUAAAAAUGUCUCUAUUUCUCAGGAUAAUUCUAGUCAGACUAAAUCAGAGGAAACUCGAGCUGAAAUCCCAAACAAUGUGACAACCAUGGAUAUUCGCUUCCGCCCACAAAAUGUAAGAUUACAGAGGAGAAUAAGUAUCAUGUUUCUUGUUGUUAUCGUAACAUAUAUUCUGUCCUACAUUCCUCCCCUUAUUCUUCUUCUACUCACGUACACUAUCAAGGAUUUCAACUACAUCACUCUGACCAAAGGAGAGACAUUAACCUGGAUUUAUCUACCGCGCCUUCUGUUUAUAAAUCAUGUUGUUAAUCCGUUUAUAUACGGGUAUUUUGAUGCUAAAUAUAGAGAGCAGUUGAGAAAUUGUUUUAGAAGACAAUGA